CACGUCCUCAUUGAAACUUUUAGUGCGCAGGUUCUUUAUGUAAAUGAUAAAUACAUGAAAGUUAAAUGUUAUUACAAAUUAUUUUGUUUAGUUUGAUCGCAGUUGCGUUGGGAAACUUUUGUCCAAGUGACAAUUCGUUUGACAGUGUUGACAGUUCCUGUACAUCAGCCAUGGCUAAUCCAAUCGAUUUUAAAAACGCCAAAUCCAUCUACGAAUUCACCGCAAAUGACAUAAAAGGCGAACCAGUUUCUCUGGAGAAGUACAAAGGUCAUGUAUGUAUCAUUGUUAAUGUAGCUUCACAGUGUGGAUACACAAAAAAUAACUAUGCCGAGCUUAUUGAGUUGUACGACAAAUACUCGGAGUCCAAGGGGCUCAGAAUAUUGGCGUUUCCUUGUAAUCAGUUUGCGGGCCAAGAACCUGGCACUAAUGAGGAAAUUUGCCAAUUUAUGCAGAAAACUAACGUCAACUUCGAUACUUUCGAGAAAAUCAAUGUGAAUGGAAAUGAUGCCCAUCCAUUGUGGAAAUAUUUGAAGCAUGUGCAGGGCGGUACUUUGGGAAAUUUCAUCAAAUGGAACUUCACGAAGUUCAUCAUUGACAAAAAUGGUGUGCCGGUUGAAAGACAUGGUCCAAGCACUAACCCGAAAGAUCUUGUCAGCUCUUUGGAGAAAUAUUGGUAGAAGUACCGCUAAAGAUAUUUAUUAUAUAUGAUGUUGAAUAUAUGUAUGUAGUUAUCUAUGACAGCAUUUAUUAAUUGAUAAAAUCAUUUUCAGUUGAAGUUGUUUCUAUUUCUUGAUUGUUUUAUGUAUCAAUGUAAUAUAAAUGUAUAAAGUAUAUA